ACUCCGGGGCUGCGGAUGGCGAUACGAGCACACGCUCCCUGCCGGGUGGUCCAGCGACCUCAGGGCGCCUGGCUGUUGGGUGGCCUCUGGGUCUGGGCGCUUUGCGGCCUGUGCGGCCUGGGGACAGCGCACUCACAGGGGACCCCGCAGCCGUGCGAGGCGCCCCAGCAGUGGGAGGGACGCCAGGUUCUGUACCAGCAGAGCAGCGGGCACAACAGCCGCGCCCUGCUGUCCUACGAUGGGCUCAACCAGCGCGUGCGGGUGCUGGACGAGAGGAAGGCGCUGAUCCCCUGCAAGAGAUUAUUUGAAUACAUUUUGCUCUAUAAGGAUGGAGUGAUGUUUCAGAUUGAACAGGCUACCAAACAGUGUGCAAAGAUCUCCUUGACAGAACCCUGGGACCCUCUCGACAUUCCCCAGAAUUCUACCUUUGAAGAUCAGUACUCCAUUGGGGGACCUCAGGAGCAGAUUACAGUCCAGGAGUGGUCUGACAGACGGACAGCCAGAUCCUAUGAAACUUGGAUUGGUGUUUAUACAGCCAAGGAUUGUUAUCCAGUCCAGGAGACCUUCAUCAGGAAUUACACCGUGGUCCUGUCCACACGCUUUUUUGAUGUGCAGAUAGGCAUUAAGGACCCUUCUGUGUUCACCCCACCAAGUACAUGCCAGACAGCACAGCCAGAGAAGAUGAGUGAGGACUGCUCCUGGUGAACUUGCUGGGACAGAAACGACACAGGGCUCUUAGUGACCUGUCCAGAAAUGGAUUAGAGACUGGUUUGGUUGGAAAUAAAGAUAAUUUUAGGAGGAUACACCUGAUGUGGGUUUUCUUGUACAUCUGACUCUGGCUGCUCAAUUUCAUGGCAGCCUCAAUUGGCUGCCAGGGACACUUCGCACACUUCCAAUUCCUGUUUAGGGCUGUCCUUUCUGUGUGCGGGUGUGUAGUCUGUGUAGUGGAAUAGGAAGGGAGGGGUGACAGUGGGUACAUGGAGUUUGCCUCUGCAGGGAUGAAUAUUUUAUUAUUGUCAAUACGAACUGAGGGAGAUAAUAAAAUGUAGAAUGAUUUCAUUUAUCUGCACCAGAGUGGCAACAGACCCCACCCCUACCUUUGGCUACUGCAAAAUGACUCUUUAAGAUUCCUUCCAGGCUUGAAAUUUGGGGCAUGGCCCAAUGAAUGUUGAUAUUUUGCAAAGAGGUGGGAGGUUAUAAUAGGGAGUAAUGAUUCCUCUGAACGAAAAAAGCAAGUUUUAAGCAAGAGACUUAGGUAACCUUAGUAUUGACAUGUGAGUUGAAGAGCUGCUUUCUGUGAGCAGCUUUCUGUGCUAGAGCUCUGAUUAGUGAGAUGGACCUUUAUGUAUUUUUUAGCAAGCAGAAAGGCUUCUAAAAUAGCACUGAACUUGGCGCCCUGCUGAGUCGGGACUAGAAUUCUCUUUAACCCUUAACUCCUUUAAGUACUAAAUGCACUAGGCUAGCUCUUGCCUUGAUUUCCCUGGAACUUGAUUGCACUACAACUGUGUCAAUAUAACUUCUGCUCAUGCUUCUCAGGUCACAUGUGACCUUUGCAAGCUGCUUCCAUACCUGCUUUCAUUGCACCUUGCUGCUUGGCAUGCCUUGCUCACAAUACUCUGCUGUGUGAAGAUUUCCUGAUUACUGGAAACUGCCCUCUGCUAUCCUGACUAAGAGCCCCUUGAGUACGGGUAUCAUGUUCUGUUUACUUUAGUAUCUUUAGCAUCAAGCAAGUGCCUGGCACAAGUCCGUGCCCUUAACAUUUGUUGGUGUUCAGUUUCCUCAUCUAUUAAGCAGGGUUGGGUUUUCUGAUUGCUAAGAAGACUUCCAGUAACACAACUUAAUAUUCUAGAUUCUUCUGUGUCUGUGUCUGUGUUUCAUUUGGCAAUGUAUCAUUUUUAGUUCUCAAGAAAAAUGUGUUAUGCUUGCUUUAUGAUGAAAAUGAUCUAUAUUGUAAUUCAUACACUUAAAUUUAAUGACAUGUCAAAAAUUGUUUUUUCAUGUGUUUGUUUCUGUAAUAACUGUGGAUGAACUCAAUUAUAAGAAAGUUAAAACUCUGCUGUAAUAAAUGAAUAAAACUCUUCCCAUAAUAAAAACUAGGUUGGUUAUCCU